UAAGGAAAUUAAGUGCGGGCGCUCGAGGCAACAUUCUAAGCUAUUUAAACCUUUAAAUUUACAUCUUCCUCCAGCGUCAAGUAAUUGAACUAACUCGGGGCUUGUUCCGUUAAUUGAACAAAAAUAUCUUGUCUCCCUGCUGUUCUCUUCUGAUGUGGGAAACUAAUUUCAGCCAAAGGCGAAGGGGGAAAGCGGGUUAAGUCCAAAUAGUUUGCAACAUAUUCCUGUAUACAGCUAGAUUUGAUUUGCUGUGUUUUCACUCGAGAAUGUGUGCUAUUAUGUGGAAUGUGAUAACAUAAGUAUACGCCAAUAGAUUAUUUGUUGGAAAAUUCUAAAAUUCAAAUUUGUGACACGAAAAUAGUGGAUACCACCGAAUUUCCCCUUUUGCAAAACUAAAAACUGUACUGAAAUAAAUCACAUUACUAUUUAAUUGUUAAUUUCGGAACGUCUUAAUUUAGGCUAUAAUUUACAUUCACGCUAUCUCAUUUGCCUCUGUUAAUAUUUGAAUUUUUCCAUGGAACUUCCCGUUUGGUCACUGGUUGGCGCCAGAUGCCAAUGAACGUAUACAGGACAUUUAUAAGAGAGGGGGAAACAAUAUUACAACUGUCACAUUUCCCUCAUGUAAAUCUGUUUCUUUUCAGCACAUUGAACUUGUCUUCCACCUGAAAGCUGUGUGCCAUUACAGGCAGACAUCUCUAUCUAGCCGCGCGCAAGAAUUGAAAUGGCGCGUUUGGCUCGAGGCGGAUUGUGUGGGCGCCUUUUGCAGAGGCACAAUGCAUAUAGAUAUACGUCAUUUAGCUUUCAUGGCCAGCAGAAUAUUAUUAGAACGCUGAGAGGUAAUAAAGAAAAUACUAUAUAAAACAAAUUAAAACGGUAGGCUACAUUAUUCUAAGCCCAUAUGAAACACGUCACAAAUAUGAAAAAACCUGCCGUCGCGAAGACCACAUUGCAUAUUCAUGCCUAUAAAUAAAAGUAUAUAUUGGUUAAAAAUCUCCUCAAGGUUAAUCAAAGGCAUGGCAAAGCACACAGCUAACCUAGUAAACCUCUAUCCCCGCACACACGCUCAUACGUGACAAAGUAGAUAUAUAUUCGAUACGACUAAAUCCCAUAUAUGCGACCACUUCCAAAUGUAAAUAGCGAGAUGAAAUGUCGUUCUUGUAACUCGCCCCGGCUCAGGCAGGGUUGAACUAAUUGUAGCCUAAUCCUGCCCCGGGGCGUUUGGAGAGCCUUGAGCAAGAAUUCUUGUUCAGCUGUCCUCUGUUAUUCGGGCUGGAACGGUGUGCCUUAAACGCACUCUCGCGCUUCAACAAAAAAGGAGCAAGAAACAAACAACAACAACAACAAAAAAAGCACGAGACGAAGACACGCCACGAUCGAUCUUAUGUUUUAAAGAGGGUUGAGGAUACAUUUACAUCUAUGUCUUCCAAGGAGGGAAGGAGCAUGUCUCGGCUCUCUUUGACCCGGUCCCCAGUGUCUCCUCUGGUCGCUCAGGGAAUCCCACUGCCGGCUCAGCUGACUAAAGCCAACGCUCCAGUCCACAUUGACGUAGGUGGGCACAUGUACACCAGCAGUCUGGCCACGCUCACCAAAUACCCAGACUCGAGAAUUAGUCGUCUUUUCAAUGGCACCGAACCGAUUGUUUUGGACAGCCUGAAGCAACAUUAUUUCAUUGACAGAGAUGGAGAGAUAUUCCGCUUCAUCUUAAGCUACCUGAGAACCAGUAAACUGCUUCUUCCUGAUGACUUCAAGGAGUUCCAGCUGCUGUACGAGGAGGCUCGGUAUUACCAGCUGACGCCCAUGGUGAAAGAGCUGGAUCGCUGGAAACAGGACCGGGAGCAGAGACGAACAGCUCAGCCUUGUGAGUGCCUGGUGGUGCGGGUGACCCCUGAUCUGGGCGAGAGGAUUGCCAUCAGUGGGGACAAGGCCCUCAUAGAGGAGAUUUUCCCAGAGACAGGGGAUGUCAUGUGUAAUUCAGUCAACGCCGGCUGGAACCAGGACCCAACCCACGUUAUUCGGUUUCCACUGAAUGGCUACUGCAGGCUCAACUCCGUGCAGGUCUUGGAGAGACUCUUCCAGAAAGGGUUCAGCAUGGUGGCGUCAUGCGGCGGGGGCGUUGACUCCUCCCAGUUCAGCGAGUACAUCCUGAGUCGAGAGGACAGACGGUGUCAAACCAGCCACACACCCAUCAGGAUAAAACAAGAGCCUCUUGACUAGACCACUAACACCUCAGUCUGCUUUCGAAGAAGAAAAAAAUGCCAGCGAACAAACACAAGACGUUCAUUUGCAAGAAGAGUCUCCUGUUUGACUCUUCGGACUCUGAAGAGGAGUGAAAUCUUAGUAAAUGUACGAUAAAUAUGGCUUCAUUUCAUUGACGACCACAAAACUUUACUUUACAAAAGAAAGCAAGACACACAAUAGUAUUUCAGCCAUGUUUUACCUUGAAUUGAACUAUUUAGCUGUUGCUUUGUCUUGAUACAUGAAAAAUUCAUAGUUUGUUGAUCUUUCACAUUUCCACAGUUCAUAUUUUCUUGGUGUAGUUUGAAACCAUGAGGUAAUUUUGCCGUUGUAUGUGCAUAAAUGAAAGAAAAAACUCCAUAAGGAAGUUAAGCUUAUGGCGCACACAUACACAUACCUUUCGGCCAGAACAUUUUCAAAUGAUGCACCAGUCAGAUCUCCAACCUUACAGGCAAAAUUAACAGCACAAAAUACAAAUCUGUCCUCCAUUUUUAAUCUAGAUAUCUAAUGUUCUCAUUUUCCAGUCCCAUCUAUGUAAAUCAGUUAUUUUAUGACCUACAGGUUUAUUGCCUCACUACAUGAAGGAUAUGAGAGCAGUUCUCAGAAGUCAUUUGGUUGUAAGUGCAGACUUCUCUGUUCUGGCUAUGUAGAUGCUUUGACUAGAGGCUACAUGGUUAAAGCAGGCAGCCUGGUAAUGCAUUCAUUGAUGGGCAGAGAGGCUUUUUGUUCAAGCAUGUCUUAAGGGAAAUGUGGAAUCAUUUGUGAGAGCUUUUCUGAUGGCAUUGCUAACUCUGAUAGUACACAAAACAACACUUGAUAUUUAUGUUGGAUGCCAGUUUUCUUCAAAACUAGCCGUGAACGUGCCAAAAGAGUUAUUGUUGCAUCUAGCAACAUAUGACUUCAUAAAGUUCCUUAUACACUAUUACUUUGAUAACCGUUUUAAAUGUUAAGCAAAGAUCUCUUGUAGAUACAAUGCCCUGUGCAUCCAAAACAACAUCUUGUUUGAUGAAGGCAGAUUUAGGAGAGGGUAAAAUGAGAUUACUCAGAUUGUUAUUGAAUGCAGCACUCCAGGGCUGCUGACACUGUAUAUUAGAGGCGGUGGUUGGACCAUCGGAGAAGAGAGGGGAUUACUGUGCCCCUUAAGGCCCAAAGACAUUGGAGACAGACGGGUUAUUGGUCAGAAAGGAUGCAGGCGCCUCUCCAGGAGCUAAGGUCACUUUCCCACAAUCCCUUUUACUCACGCUCUCCCUUAGCUAAAUCGCUAUCAGAGAAGCAAGGAGAGAGACUGAGGGAGAAUACAUCUGAAAGGUUAAUUUGGGUGGCUGGUAAACAGACUGAAAUGCGUAGUUUUGUAAAAAAAAAAAAAAAAAAAAGCAUCAUUUUUAAGGCAUUCUGCCACACAAAUUUAAAACUAAGGGUCAAGGAAAUGUCAGAUGUUGAGUUCUGCUAUGUGCUGUCUUAACUGGACAGCAGCAGACAAAACAUGCAAUUAUCCAGCAAAUGUGUCCAUAUUUAUCUCCUUGAUUGGUCACACAUUGUACAUAAUGGCUCACUGCAGCUUUGUAUGUCCCCCUUAAUAUAACGUACCAUCUCAGAUUUUGAGCUCAGAGACAAUAUCAUAAAAAGAUAAGCCUUCAAGGAUGCAAUCUGGUAACUUUGAAGGGGAUCGAUGAAUUUGUCUCCAGUGCGAAGAUGGUCGGAGGAGCCUCGUUGGCAUUACAUACAAAAAUCAUGAAUUAAAUACUGCGCUAAUGGAUGUUGUGUCAAGAUGUACAGUAUAUUGCAGUACGGUCCAAAUGUAUAUUAUUUAAAUAAAACAUUUUUUUGUAAUGGAUUAUUAUUGAUAUGAAUCUUAGUGGUAUGUUAGGCAUGUGUUUAUUUGAAUUGUCACAUUCUUUUUGUAAUUGGUGUUGAUAAAACAAAACUUUAAUAAAUUGUUGGAUUUCUUUCCCUAUUUUAAAGCAUUGAAAGCAUGCAUGUAAAUGUACAAAAAAAACUUCAAAACAAAUGUGCCCUGAGCAAACAAGGCAAUACAUUUUUUUUUUGUAUGUGGUUGCAUUUAAAAUCAACAUGAAAUCAAAUCUUACUUUAAUUCAAAGUCCUGGAUGUAUUGUGAACAAUUCAUCAGUGGGUGAUUCUCACAAAAUCUGUUAAUAAAAUGUCCUGGUCUUAUUUGACCCCAAAUAAUAAUUAAAAAAAAAAGUGAAUUAUAUUGUACCUAAAGAAAAUAAAGCCUACAUUUAGAAACAUUAUAAUUUUUUUACCGAAAUGUGUCCAAGCAUUUUACUUUCCCCCAUUGUUUUUUAUAAGAAUUCUCAGAAUUACCAUAACACAGUAAUUUGUAUAACAUUUUAAAGUAAUUUUUUUUCACUAAAUUAAAUUUGUUAUUAAAAUCAGUAAACAUGAAAGGCAGUACCAAAAGAGUACUACUAUGCUGUAUAAAAUACUUAAAAUGUAAAUAAUAAUAAUAAAAAAAUCACAUUGCAGUAAUGAGAAUGUAAUUUUACCAUCAUUUUGUUUUUCGCAUUA